AUAUUAAAAAAGAUAAAUGAAUUUUUCCACUAUUUAUAAUUAAUAGGGUUUUGCAACAAUACUUCAUCUCAUCUCACUACUCACUAGUGAGAAGUUUUCCACCUUCUUCUCAAGUAAACUUCAAUUCAAAACCCUCUUGAAUUCCUCUCUCUCUUGAAAGCAAUCGAAUCCAUGGGUAAUUUUGUCUCCAAAACCCGGAGAAGAUCGAGACACGACGGAAUAAAUCUGAAUCAAAAUGGUUAUUCCUCGUCUCGUGGCAGAAGAAAACCACUGAGCCCGGAAGUUUUGUUGCACGAAGCCGCACGCAAGGGUGACUACGCUGCCGCCGAAGAUCACUUCGGAGACGAAAACUUGAUCAAACAUCCCAUAACAGAAGGAGGUGAAAUCGCACUGCACAUAGCUGCUAUAGAAGGCCGUCAAGAUUUCGUCUCAAAAUUGUUAGAGGUUAUGGAAAGAGAAGACUUGGCAAUUCAGAAUGCGAAAGGGUGCACUGCACUAUGCUUUGCUGCAGCUGGUGGCCACAUUGAAAUUGCUCAAUUAAUGUUGGAAAAAGAUCCAAAUUUGGCAAAAGUUAAGGGUGAUGAAGGAGUUUGGCCCCUCUACAUGGCUGCAUUGCAAGGAUUUGGUGAAAUGGCUGAACUUCUCCUCAUUCCCUCUGAUAUUGUAUCUUGGACCCAACUAGAAAAGGCUGACUUGCUAACGUCAGCAAUCGACUCGGGGCUAUAUGAUUUGGCUAUAAAAAUUGUGGUCGGUGAUAAAACGUUAGCUUUGGCUAAGGAUGCAAAUGGCUUGACACCGUUGGAAGUGCUUGCGCGAAAACCCGUGGCAUUUUCUAGUGACAAUGGCCAAGGAUUUUGGGACAACAUUACAAGAAAUGUACUGAAGUAUAUGAAUAUGUCAAAGACCAACGACGUGAAUGUAGAAAAGUGGGAUAUUGCCUACACAUUAAUGGAUGUUUUGUGGGAUGCUGUGGAAUCAUGUAAAGAAGAUGUUGAAGCAGGUGUAGGUGUAGAUGCUGCAGAUUCUGCGCAAUUAUUUUUUAUAGCGGCGGAAGCAGGAAAUGAUGAAUUCUUGGUGGAGCUAUUCAAGAAGGACCAUAAUUUACUAUACAAAGUAAAUGAAGAUUCGCAUAGCAUAUUUCAUGUUGCGGUUCGGCGUCGCUAUAACAAAGUGUUCAGCUUGAUGUUUGAGUUGGGUGGUACCAAAGAUUUGCUAGCCUCAUACAUAGAUGCCGAAGGUAACAACAUAUUGCACUUGGCUGGAAAAUUAGCACCUCAAAAUCAGCUCGACAGCAUUCCCGGUGCACCUUGGCAGAUGCAGCGGGAAGUGCUGUGGUUCAAGGUCGUGGAGAAGCUCGUCCAGCCCGCAUUCCGACACAAGAAGAACUCGGCGAACCAAACGCCCCACGAGCUAUUCAUGUCUGAGCACAAAAAGCUCCGGGAAGAAGCGGAGAAAUACAUGAAGCAGACUGCGAAAUCGUGCAUGCUGGUGACGAUGCUGAUCGCGACGGUGGUGUUCACGGCAGCCUUCACGGUCCCCGGCGGGUACGACGGCAGGGGCGCCCCGACCCUGGAGAACAGGAAAAUGUUCGUGGUGUUCCCUGUCUCGGAGGCGGUGGCGACGCUGUCGUCGCUGACGUCGAUGCUCAUGUUUUUGUCCAUCCUGACGUCGCGAUACUCGGACAAGGACUUCCUGGUGAAGCUGCCGUUCUGGAUGGUGGUAGGGGUGGCGACGCUCUUCUUCUCGAUCGUGGCGAUGAUGGUGGCGUUCUGCUCGUGCCUGCUGUUUUUCGAGCACGGGUGGGUGGCGGUGGCGCUGCUGCUGCUGUUUUUCGGGAUCGUGCCGGCGAUGUUUGUGGUGUUGAAGUAUCCUUUGUUGAGGACUAUCUUCAGGUGCACGUAUAGCUGCACGUGGUUGUUUCGCUCGGACGGACGGCUGCACUCGUAGGUAUAUCUUGGUGCGUUGGCGGCGCACGUGGUUGUUUUGACCGUACGGCCGGUCGUUACAUUAGGGCACGUGAUAGAUUAUGGUUUAUGAAGCUCAGCAUAAUGUAAGUGUGUGUAUAACAUAAACUCGGCAUUCCAGAUGUUGAAGAUGUAUACAUGUGUGUUUGUAAUUGUAUGCAUUAGAUAAUUAAAUAAUACUACUAGCUCCCUGCACUUAAUUAGAUUA